AUGAUCGACCGGCUGCUCACAGACCUCACCCUAGGCCAGGCCGAAGGCACAGGCGUUGUAGCGGAGCUGAGGGCGCGCCAUGGCCACUCCGCCCAGCCCGAGUCGCAGCAGGUCCUCGCGGUGCUGCAGGCCGUCCUCGACGUGGUGGCCGCCGAGGGCAUGCAACCCUCGCCUACAGCCCUGUUCGCGGCCGUGAUGAGCGCUCUUGAGAGGGAGGACACGCGCUCGUCCCCCCAGGUCCUGGCAGCGAUGCUGACGGUGCUCGCGGCGACGCUGGGCCGCGUGCCCACCUCUGUGAUGCGCGCCAAGCUAGCUGCUGCACUGCAAGUGCUGUCGUCAGUCGUGGAGGCGGCGCGCGACCAGGCCCCCGUGGUCAAGGGUGCGAUUCAGUGCCUGGGCACAGUGCUCGCGGCCGCCGAACCCGGGUCCUGGGCUGCCGCGGCGCCUGCAUGGCAGCUGCUGCUGGGCUUCCUCACAGACGGGCGGCCCAAGGUGCGGCGGCGCGCUGUGGCCUCCUGCCUCGAGGUCCUGGCCGCCGCGCAGACAUCGCCCCAGCUGUUGGGCCUGGAGAGCGAGGCGCUCGCGCAACUGUGCCGCCAGGUGCUGCCCGGCCCCGCGGCCGCGGCGCGCGCCGCGGCGGCCGCGACCAACAAGCAGCGGUCGGCAGCGGAGGAGGCCAUCACGCGCGCGGUGGCUGACGCGCUGCACCUGCUGGGGGCCCUCAAGCAGCUGCUGCCCCUCAUGGCAGGCUCCACCCUGCCCGGCGUGAUGGACCAGGUGCUGAAGCUCUACUCGCUGCGCCAGCCCCUCGUGACCCGCCACGCCACAGACGCCCUCACCGCCCUCGCGGCUGCGCCCGGCGGCCACCUGGCGCCGGCCCAGCUGGACCAGCUGCUGGGGCUGGUGCUGGAGGGGGAGGAGCUGUGGGAGGCAGCGGGCAGGGCCGGCGGCGGCGUGGAUGGCACCCUCGCGGUGGUGCGCCUGCUGGACGCCGGCAUGCGCUCGCUGGCGGAGCGCGACGCGCGCGCGGCGGCGCGCCGGCUGCCGCGCGCCGCGCACGCGCUCGCGGCGCAGUUGGCGGCGCGGCAGGAGGGGGUGCGGCACGGCGCCAAGGAGGUGCUGGCGGGGCUGCUGGGGGAUGAGUCAGUGCUGACUGAUGCCCUCAUUGCAGACGGCGCGCGCGCCGCGGCGGGCAGGGCGGGCAAGGCUGGGCCGCCUUCCCCGCUGGCGAGCGUGGUCGCGGCGCUGGUGGGCGCGCUGUCGCCCGCGGCGGCGGACGCGACGCGGCGGGCGGUGACCCCCUCGCGGCGCUGA